AUUCAAAACCUUUGAAUAAUAAAAGUAAAAUAAUUUCUCUUUCCCCUUUUCUAGAUGAGAAUAAUCUAAUUCGUGUUGGAGGUCGACUCGACGCAUCUAUUUGUUCCUAUGAAAAAAGACAUCCUAUCCUACUUCAUGCUAAUCAUAAAUUAUCUAAAUUAAUAUUUUACAGGGAACAUAUAAAUAAUAUGCACGCAGGCCCUCAGUUGUUGUUAGCUAUUGUGAGGGAGUUUAUAUGGCCCGUUAAUGGUAGGCAUCUCGCUAGAAGUACUGUUAAUAAUUGUGUAAUAUGCAGACGCAUGCGUGGUAAAACUAUACAACCUAAAAUGGGUAACUUACCUGCUCAGCGCGUUAAUCCAGACUUCCCCUUCUUGUCCGUUGGCAUUGACUUCGGGGGUCCGUUUUUUAUACUUAAUCGAAAGGGCCGCGGAAGUCGCUUAAUUAAAUGUUACCUCUGUCUUUUUGUAUGUUUAAGAUAUAAAUGUAUUCACCUAGAAGCUGUCAGUGAUAUGAGUAAGGAUGCAUUCAUUAUGACACUUAGGCGUUUUAUUGCGCGUAGAGGAAAGCCAACGGAGAUAUUCAGCGAUAACGGUCGUAAUUUUGUAGCUGCUGCAAAAGAAAUAGGACAGUUUCUUAAACAAAAUGAGGAAUACUUGUCUCAGUUUGCAAGUCAUCAAGGUAUUACAUUUAAUUUUAUACCAACUUACGCUCCUCAUUUCGGCGGCAUCUGGGAGGCUGGAAUAAAGUCGGCUAAAUUUCAUAUCAAACGCGUUAUGGCUAAUAGCAAAUUAACUUUUGAAGAGAUAUCUACACUAUUUGCACAAGUGGAGGCAAUACUUAAUAGCCGUCCCUUGUGUCCUCUAUCCUCUUCUCCAAAUGACCUCCUACCCUUGUCCCCAGGGCACUUUCUUAUCGGCCGGCCGCUUACGGCACUACCACCAGCGCCAUCUUUGGACGACGCCGGGAACAACAAUGAAGAAAAACGCUACAAACAUCUACAGAGAUUGCGGCAACAUUUCUGGCAGAGGUGGCAGAAAGAAUACUUAAGCGAAUUGCAGCAGAGAAGCAAAUGGCGUCAAAACACCGAUCGCCUUGCUAUUGGUGACAUGGUGUUGUUAGCUGAAGACAAUUUACCACCGCUUUGCUGGCGACUGGGACGCGUGGUGCGUCUCUUUCCAGGACCGGAUGCUAUAUCAAGAGUAGCAGAGGUUACUACCGCACGUGGCUGCGUACGGCGAGCUCUCACCCGACUCUGCCCUUUGCCUAAAGCUGAGGAUUUAAAUAGUUGAAAGUGGACCUUUCAACGGCCGGGAGGAUGUUCAGGCCUACAAUGCCUGACCUGAUUUUGAGAACAUUGAAAAUCCGCAAGAUUGCUAUUUAAUUUUACCAGGCGUUUUAAUUUUUAUUCGUAGUGUCCUUUUUCAAUGUCAUUCUUUUAUACACUCUGUUAAAUACACGCAAGUUUAUACUACGGGCUUUCAUUUUGCUCCCCAAAAGUAGAAAAAGCUCCAGUCCAGUCCUAAAAC